AUGUGCGGCCGGUAUGCUUUACCAAUAGAGCCUCAGGACCUUCCGGCAGAGUUUGGUAAGCAAAACCUUGCCGUCGAUAAGGUAAUCGAUGCUGACAAGAGUACCCAUCACAGAUAUAAUAUUGGACCAACACAGAUUGCUCCAGCAUAUUAUAUUUAUACGGAUAAUAAAAAAGAUAAGCUUCAAGCCAAGCAUAUUUUGAGGUAUAUGAGAUGGGGGAUGAUCCCUAAGUGGAUCAAAUCUAAGGAUAAGAUGUCUAAUUACCCCACAUUCAAUGCCCGGUAUGAGAAGAUCGGGGAAAAUAAGCUGUGGCGAACUUCGGUUAAUCAGAGGUGUGUUAUACCCAUCAGAGGGUACUAUGAGUGGGUUAAGCAGACUAAGCCGUCCAAAACGACCAAGCAACCGUACUUUAUUAAGAGAAAGGACAAUAAGUUGAUGUUUUUGGCAGGAUUGUACUCGAGAUCCAUUCUGGACGGUGAUGAAGUUUACUCUUAUACGAUUAUUACAAGGAAUGCACCCAAGUGCCUUGAAUGGCUCCAUGACAGGAUGCCUGUUGUGCUUGAUCCUGAUAGUGAAGACUUUUCCAGAUGGCUAGAUACAGGAGAAAAGAAGAAGUGGAAUGAUGUCAAGGAUCUCCUUAAGAUAUAUGAUGGCAAGAACGAGACCUUGGAGUGGUACAAGGUGGAUCGAUCAGUUGGAAAUGUGAAGAAUGAAGACGCUAAGUUUGUGGAGCCUUUAGUGGGUAUAGGAGAGUUCUUUAAGGUGAAGCAGGGGCCACCUGAGGUGAAGCAGGAGCCACUUAAGGUGAAGCAGGAGCCACUUAAGGUGAAGCAGGAGCCACUUAAGGUGAAGCAGGAGCCACUUAAGGUGAAGCAGGAGCCACUUAAGGUGAAGCAGAAGCCACUUGAGGCAGAGCAGAAGCCACUUGAGGCAGAGCAGAAGCCACUUGAGGCAGCGCAGGAGCCACUUGAACAGCCCCUGAAAAAACGUAAACUUAGAAAGAAGAGCCUUUGA